AUGACGCCAAAAAUUGGACUUCAGCAUGCGUCAUCCAGUCAACCACUCCCCGAUGACGUCGGCCCCUCCAAGGAAGCAGCUGUCAGCCUUUUAGAUCAGCAGUCGAUCUCCAGUGGAGCAGCAGCUGCACAGCAGAGCAGCGCUACAGGGCCAGAGAAAGGGAGUGGUUACCCCCUGGGCAGCUCGGAAGUCUGGGGUGCUCUGUGGGGAGCUCUGCGGCUGGUGUGCAGGAAGGUGGCGGCUGUGCCAAACCAGCAGCGGGGUGCGGUGGUCCUGCUGCCUGAGGAGCGACUGGCGCUGCUGCACGCUUUGCCUGCUGCCCUCUUCCUGCUAUUUUCCGCAGAGGAGUCUGAAGCACAGGCGUUGGAGGCUAUCGGAGGUCCCAAGGCGCUGCUGAAAUGCCUGCAGCUGCUGCGCGCUAAACCUGUCGUCUGUGCAUUUGGAGAGCGGCCCAUGUCAUUACUGGCCCUUCUGCAGGCUUCUCCCUACUUCUCAAACCUAGGUGCAGAGCUUGGCAAGGACUGGGCGCUGAUUGCCCCAGAGGAUCUCCAAGGGAAGCAGCUGGCAGCAGUGGCUGCAGAGGCAAUGAGCUGGACAGAGGCGUGUUUGAAAAGCCUCAGCAGCUGGGCGGCAAUACUGCUUGACUGGCACUGCUGGCGCAGUUUCUUGAUGCAUGCCGACGGCCCGGUCCACGAAGACAACAGGGAACCGCAGAGUGCAAUGGAGCUGCGAGCGAUGCUGGAGAUCAUGGCCUGCCUGCAAGGGCUGGCAGGGCAGCUGCUCGGGGAGCAGGCCUGGCUGGCGCCGCUGCUGCAACAGGCAGUGCGCGCGCAGGCACAGAAUGUUGCUGACCUCCUCAGUGCAGCCAUCGAGAAGCCGUCUCUGCCACGCAAGGUGCUGGAUGCAGCGGAUGCCGUGAGGGCGGCAAUCAUCGGCUGGUCGGGCGCGGCGCUGCAGGGGCGGCCGCAGCUGCCGGAGCACCGGAGCUCGCGCCUACGCGGCCUGGCCGCCUCCGUCAUGCGCGCGUCCCGGCAGCGACCCUCGCUGCUUGAGCUCGCUGCCGGAGGCUCCUCAUCCACUGCACAUCUCCAAGGGGCAGGAGAGGGCAUUCAGUAUGGCGUGGGAGCGGCAGGGCCGACAGAUCUGCAGCGGCACAUGCUGGUGUGCGCACUUGAGGCGCUGAUGAAAGAGGCGCAGCCGUCAGGCAUGGGCGGCUUGAUCAGGCAGGGGCCCCUGGGGGACAGCCUCACCAGGGAGCUGCAUGCUCUGCAUGCUAGUGUGCUCCACUGGCCUCACCUGCUGGACCUGCCUUCCUCUGUCAAGCAGGCCUCUUCAAUGGCUUCGCUUGGUCUGCAGCAGUGCCACAGCCCUGCACCAUCCCUUACUGGAGCUGGCAGAACUGGCACCCCACUGCCAUUGCAGCUGAUCCGCCAUGCAUUAGCCUCCGUGAACAGCAGCUUUCCUGCUGAGCACUGCUUGCUGCCUUUGGCACUGUACAACCAGACUGCCACUCUCUGCAAGGAGCGCCUGUGCUGCGAGCAGAUGUCAGAUGCAGCAGCGGCUGCAGCCGAUGCUGCCUUCGAAGAGCUGCUGAACCUGCUUUCUGACGCGGUGUUCAACCAUGCCAAGAAGACAGCAGCAGCAUCUCUCAGCAGCCCACACGAUCUCACCCACAACACAGCGACGGCAAUUCCAACGGACGUUUUUCAGGCCUUGCUGCGGCGGCCGGGCAUCCAGCUGCCGAUCGGCGUCGUCAGCCUUCGUGCAGAUCUCGCGCCAAAACUGGCGCUGCUGCUGGCGUCCGAUGCUGCCGUCCUUGUCGAGCGCCUGUCGGGCUCCUGCGCGGCCCUCCCUGAUCUGGAACACCAGAUUCAGGUGCUGGAGAUAGCUCACAGGGAUCUGGCAGCUUCCUUGGCGCUGCCACCCUGGUCUGCCAUUUGGCAUCACCCCUAUAAACAGCGACAGCAGGAUGGCUGUGAAGCAGAUCAGCCACUGCCAUAUCCCUCAGUAAUCACAGAGCGCGCCACAGACGCCAUCCUCCGGCUCAUCACCUCCCAGGACUGCAGGUUUGAGAGCACGCGCAGCUGCCUCUCAUCAGGAGCCGCCCAUCAUUUACAGGCUCCACAGAAAGCUGUGGCGCACUCAGCAUCGGCCACCAGCACACCAAGAGAGAUGGGUGCUUUUGGAGACCAGCAAGGCAGUGGGAAGGGUGCAACUCUGGAGCCUGCAGCAAGCAGCAAUAGAAUAAAUGAUGAAGAGAAGAGAGCAGCGGGUGAGGCGCACGCAGAUACACUUGGGGACGCUGAGCUGGCAGCCUUCAUGCGACUGACUGGCCCGAGCGGAGUAGCGCACCUCGCCACAGCACUGACAGAGGAGGCGCGCCGCGCUGUGACUGAGUCCUAUGCGGCCAUUGUGCAUGUCGCUUGCGCCGUUCCAGGAGACCUCACCGGCGCCGCUGCCGACGGCCCGGCCGAGGUUUGCGCGCUGCUCACGCAUGCGCUGACAGAGGUGCCGGCCUGCGAGGACGCGCAGAGGGCGCUGUGCGCGCUGCGCUGCCUGGGUGGCGCUGCGCUGGCGCUGCUGCGGCUGGAGGCGGCCGCAUCGGAGCGCGGCGUUGCGCGGUUCAUGGCGGCCGCCCCGCUGCUGGGCAUUGGCCCGGACGAGCGCGGCUCGCUCAUACAGCCAGAUGGUAGCGAGGUGACGCCGAUAGCGGGCGCGCUGUUCGAGGCAUGCGCCGACCUGCGCCUGGCGCACGCAUCGGCCAGCAGCGACGACGCUGCAGCGCUGCACACAGCCAACUCGCUCCUGCAACAGGCUGAGGAGGGCUGCUGGCGCGCACUGGAACCGCCGCAGCUGCUGCCGGCCUUUCUUGAGGGCCUGAGGAGGGAGCUAGCACCUAUUCUAGCUCGGCCGCCAACCCUCGACAACCCCUCGCCAAUCCCCCUGGCCCUGUCAUCGCUCCUCUUCGCGCUCGGCAACCCCGACCUCGGCAUCGCUGCCCCUGCCCCCGCCCACUCAGCAGCAGAGGCUGUUUUGGCCGUCUCCCCAAUCCUGCACCACGGCAGCCAGUCUGCUGGCAGCAGCGAGGAGCUCAUCGGGGCAGUGCACAGCACAGCAGAGCUGGCCGGAAGCUGGCGCGUGCUGCAAACCGAUGCCAAUACAGCUGCCGGUGCGCGGCUCAGCGAGGCAGGCCCCUCCCAGCAAAGCCAGACGAGGCAGAGUGAGCUAAACAUAGCAGCGAUGCUCAAUGGCACCAGCGGGAGCGCAGAGGAGGCAUCCAGGGGCCUUGAGGGGCAAGGGGAAGGGUCACCAGCAGAGCUGGCACGAAAUGGAGGGCAGGAGAUGAAUCUGCGCGGCGGGGCGGCUGGGUUGCGCGAUGAGUCAGGUGAUGAGUCAGACGGUGAGUCACCGACGAGGCCGCCGGCGGCCGAGCGCAUGGAUGAGGUCAUCCAGCAGGGGCUCGAGCUGUGGACGCCCACAAAGUCUGAAGAUGGGACGAAGGGGCCAGAAGCAGCCAAUGAUGUGCCAGGGCAGUCUCCUAGUCAAGCGUCUGAGGGAGAUGAUCCUCUUCCUGCUGGGUCGAUGCACGUGGGACAGCAGCCGAGCGGCACAGAAGACAUGGCAGCUGAUGCAGAGAAUGUUUCACACUGUGCAGCAGCGCUUGAGGAGCGCCCAGCAGAGCAGCACAGCAGACACAGCGCAGAUGCCGAAAUUGCACAAGCGGAAGGCCCCAGUCAGCAGGAUGAAGAUGGGCACAGUGGGGAUGCUGGUGAGCAUGUUCCUGAAGGGCAUGGCUCGGGCGAGGAGCCAGCAGGCAAGCAGAGCAGCGGCAGCCAGAAGGGAGAACACACCAACAUGCGGAAGUGGAAGUUCAAGCUGGGAGGCAAGCUAGCCCAGACUGAAGCAGCUGCAGCAGGCGACAGUGAAAAGCAUGAGACUGCAGCGCAAUCAGAAAAUGCAAAUCACAGAAUUUCAGCCUUUCUUGGGAAGCGGCUCGCCAUAUUCGGCCGGUCAAGGGGUGCAUCAGAGUCUGUCAGCGCCUCUGACGAAGCAUCUACUCCAAGUGGCCUGGCCGUGCCGCAGCCGUCACUGCAGCAGCAGCUCAAGGGAAAGCAGCAGGUUGUGGAGGAGCGGCCGGCUCACCCCCUGAAUGGGAAUGAAGCUGUCGGUGUUUCUCUGCAGCAGCAGCCGUCUGGCUCCGUGUAUGUGAGAAGGUCCCAGUCAGAGCCAGCAGGCGAGGCGAGGCCUCCAGGCAGGAGAGGCUACCUGAAGAAGCAGCUGACCAGAUUUGGCCGCGCACGAGGUGUCACAGAUGGGGCCGAGGAUGCUGCUAGCGCUACUUCAGGCGCCGCCGGUCAGUCAGGGACAGCAAGCAGGUUGCCCGGUGCGCGCAUGUUUGGCUGGGGGGACUCGGCGAAGAAUCAGGCACCCAAGUGGCCCGGGCAGGAUCUUGGCACUCCUAUUGGAGAACAGGAGGGUGAGACAAGGCUGCGGUGGCCGGCGGUGGGGGUGGCCCCUCUGUGGGGUGCGGCGCUGCUGUUACACACCCUGCAGCUGCAGCCCCACUUCCAGCUGCAGGACAUCUGCCGGCAGCUGCUGCUGGAGGCUGAUGUGGCUGGGCACUCAGGGAGCUCAACCUCAACCGCAAGUGGCGUCUUUCAGUGCCUGGCCAAUCUGCGCACCUUGCAGGAGCUCAUGGAAGAGGCGUACUUGAGCCUGAAUGCACGGUGCCUGGAUUGA